AUGGUACAAAAAGAAAAUGUACUGCUGCUCCUUACGGUAUUUGGAGUGGUGUGCGGGACGGUGCUUGGCGUCGUGAUGCGGGAUUCGGAGAAUCCGAUGAGCCGGAAGCAUUUGGCAUACUUGCGAUUUCCCGGUGAUGUCUUUGUGCAGAUGUUGAAGAUGUUGAUCUUGCCGUUGAUUUUGAGCAGUAUAAUCACAUCACUGUCAAGCGUGGAUUCCGGCACGGCAGGAAAACUUGGCGUGAUAUCUUUAGCAUUUUAUUUUACAACGACCAUGUCAGCAGUAAUAUUAGGUAUCAUAUUGGUGGUGCUGAUCCAACCAGGCACCUGGGUGGUCACCGACAUCGAAGCCGCAUUGGGUGAAACUAAAAAGACCCCGCCCUGCAUUUCGAAUGCUGUCGAUACAGUGCUAGAUCUUGUCAAAAGUCUCUUCCCCGAAAACCUCGUCGAAGCCACGUUCCGGAGUGAAAAAGUCUGCAUGAAAUUUUUGAAUGGCAGCGUAUUAGUCGAUCCGGAAAUUGUGAUGAAGAUGUCCGUUGCGGAGCGCGCUAUUUUUGAGGAGGUGCCAGAGAAGGUCCGCUCGGACUCGCUGAACAUCCUCGGACUUGUGAUGUUUUCAGUGGCGUUGGGAAUUACGAUUGGCUGGAUUGGGGAGGAAGGGAGGGCGUUGCGCGCAUUUUUCCGAAGCUUGGAAGCCUGUUCGAUGAAGCUGAUUGGGCUGGUUAUUUGGGUUUCGCCUAUUGGUAUCACCUUCCUGAUUGCGGCCCAGAUCGUCGGGAUGAAGGACCCCGGAAAGGAAUUGCAGCGACUUUUGGGUUACAUGAUCACCGUCCUCCUCGGCCUCUUCAUUCACGGGUUCAUUAUCCUGCCCCUAAUUAUGGUCGUGUUGGCCCGCAAGAAUCCGAUCAAAUACGUCUACGGUAUGGCACAGGCUCUACUGACGGCAUUGGCCACUAGUUCCAGUUCCGCCACGUUACCGUUAUCGAUAAAAUGUUGCGAGGAAAAUAACGGGAUUGACCCCAGGGUCACCAGAUUUGUUCUGCCAUUGGGAGCCACGAUUAAUAUGGACGGGACAGCGCUCUAUGAAGCUGUGGCCGCGAUUUACAUUGCGCAAUGUGUCGGGUUAAAUUUGAGCCUGGGGCAGAUCAUUCUUGUCAGCUUGACAGCCACCCUCGCCAGUAUUGGUGCUGCUGGAAUUCCUCAAGCCGGAAUCGUGACGAUGAUUAUGGUGCUGAUCGCUAUUGGACUGCCAUCGAAUUUGUUUAUUCUCAUCUACCCAAUUGAUUUCUUCUUGGACCGUAUUAGGACGACUGUUAACGUCCAUGGUGAUUCGAUUGGUGCGGCCGUCGUCGCUCGGCUUUGUGAGAAAUAUUUGCAAGAAGGCGCUGUGGAGAUUGAGGUGAAACAGCCAGAAGGAUACCAAGUACUCUCGCAGACUGCCAGCCCUGAUCCAUCGAAGAAAUUGACUGUGGCUGUCAACAAUCAUCACGACGCCAACAGCCAUAUGCUC